UUGGCUCAGAAAAGGUGACAAGGACUUGAGAAAAUCCCAUUCCCAGUCAAGUCUUAGUCCCCUUGGGGUGCAGCUCCCUUGAGCAUGGCCAUGGCGACGAGCGUGAUGCCGCCAUGGAUUUCUCUUCUUCCACGGGAGGAGUUGCUGUACCUGUACGCGGCGGCGGUCGCCGUCACAGCGUGGUGCGCCGUGCGGGCUCUGGAGUGGGCGUGGUGGAGGCCCCGGCGGCUGGGCCGGGCGCUACGGUCGCAGGGCCUCCGCGGCACGACGUACCGCCCCGUCGCCGGCGACACGCCGCUGAUGCAGCGGCUCAACAGGGAGGCGAGGUCCCUGGUCAUGCCGCUGGGGCGGGGCUGCCACGACGUCGUGCCCCGGGCGAUGCCGCUCUUCCACCGAGCCAUGCAGGAGCACGGUAAGAUUUCAUUCACUUGGUUCGGACCUGUACCCAGGGUGACCAUUAGCAAGCCUGAACUGGUGCGAGAGGUUUUGUCCAACAAGUUCGGCCACUUUGAAAAGCUCAAGUUUGGCCGGCUCCAGAGGAUGUUGCACAACGGCGUGGGCAGCCACGAGGGCGAGAAAUGGGCCAAGCACCGGAGGAUCAUCAACCCGGCCUUCCAUAUGGAGAAGCUCAAGCGCAUGUUGCCGGCCUUCGCAGCAUGUUGCACGGAGCUGGUGGAGAGAUGGGAAGGCCUAGCCCUAGCCGCCGGCGAUGCGCCGUGCGAGGUGGAUGUCUGGCCUGACAUGCAGAACCUGACGGGGGACGUCAUCUCCCGCGCUGCGUUCGGCAGCAGCUACCUGGAGGGACGGAGGAUCUUCCAGCUUCAGGGCGAGCAGCUCGAGCUCGUCACGCUCGCCAUGAGCAAGUUACACAUCCCUGGUUACAUGCUGUUGCCAACAAAAGCCAACCGGAGGAUGAAGCAGAUCGCCGGCGAGAUCGAGCGGGUCCUCAAGGGCAUCAUCGCGAAAAGAGAGAGCGCCAUGAGAGCCGGCGAGGCCACGAGCGACGACCUUCUCGGGCUGCUGCUGGAGUCCAACAUGGCGCACUGCAGGGACUCGAACACCGGCACGGGCAUCACGACCGACGAAGUGAUCGGGGAGUGCAAGCUGUUCUACUUCGCCGGCGCGGAGACCACGUCGGUGCUGCUCACGUGGACGCUGAUCCUGCUCUGCAUGCACCCGGAGUGGCAGGACCGGGCCAGGGAGGAGGUCUUGCGCGUCCUCGGCCCAGACGGCACGCCGGACCACGACGCGCUAGGCCGGCUGAGGGUGGUGACCAUGGUGCUCUACGAGGCGCUGCGGCUGUACACGCCGUUGACGGCGAUCCACCGCGAGACGUACAAGCCCAUGGAGCUGGGCGGCGUGAGGUACCCGGCGGGCGUGGUGCUGACGCUGCCCCUGCUGUGCGUGCACCACGACAGGGAGGUGUGGGGCGCCGACGCCGACGAGUUCAGGCCGGAGAGGUUCGCCGAGGGGGUCUCCGGGGCGGCGGCCGCGCCGGCCUUCUUCCCGUUCGGCUGGGGCCCCCGGGUGUGCGUCGGCCAGAACUUCGCGAUGCUGGAGGCCAAGAUGGGGAUCGCCGCCGUCCUGCGCCGCUUCUCCCUGCAGCUCUCGCCGGACUACACGCACGCGCCGUUCCCCGUCGGCAUGCUGCAGCCACAGCACGGCGCCCAACUCAGGCUCAAGAGUCUACUGGAUCACAUGUGAGCUAGCUACUCCUACAUAUCACAAAAUGGGAUCCAUGAUAUGGAUGUACAUCGCUCAACACACAAAUUUCCUGCGUGUUGCAUAUAUGGCGUGAUGAAUAUAACAACGUACGCAAAUUGCUUGUAUCAUCAUAUUAUAACAACGUACGCAAGUUCCUCUAGUAGUGCUUGCUCAAGAAAAGCGUUCUUGUGCAGCUAGUACUCUUGAUUGUAUUGCGUUCACCAAGUGGUAGAGAUGUAUAUAUAUUUGGAGUUGGAGAUUGCACUGGAUUAGAUAGAAUACCA